AUGACUACCAAAGUCAACGCUCGACCUCCUCCAUCACAGGAUUUGAUAAAAGCCUUCACCGCCUUUUUUCAUUAUAAGAUCCGGAUGAAAGAGUCGAUGAAUAACAUCCAAGCCCAGCAUGCUUUGCGGACUUUCAGACAUCUAAAAAGGGAGAACGUACAAGAGGAAGGAUUCGGGUUAAGCUUGGACGACAUAAGACGUGCUGCAAGAGUGGUGGCUAUGAUGCCGAAUGAUGUCAAGACGACACAUAAUGAGUUUGCGAGAGAGCUUUAUGAAGAGGCUACAAAGAGAACAAGAGACACGAAGGAGGAAGGCAGUCAUAUCGAUGCGAAGUCCUAUCUGCUGGUAUUGGUGCAGACGGGUGAUUCAGCUGAGGCAAGAGAACUUGUCAAGCAGUUGUAUGGCUCGACUGGGGACUUAGCAGGUCAAAGCCCGAGAGCGAGAUCUGGGAGAAGAUUUUGGAUAAUGGUCAUGGAGGGUUUUGCGAGGGAAAACAAUGAAGAAGAGCUUCUGAGGACUGCGGAAAUGGCGGAGAAGCUUGGCGUGCUUUAUGGCUCGCUAUUUCACGAGAUCAUGACCGUUUUCUAUGCCGAGAAGGACAAUAUCGAGGAGACCAAAAAGUGGUACACCAAGCCACGACCAAUAGAUCCAGCUGCAUCAGCCAAGACGGUGGCCACAAUCCUCCGCUUCUGCAUCCGAAACAACGAAGGAGACUGGUGCAAAUCCGUCUUCCGCGAACUCCUAGAGAGCAAUCCCACGAAGGAGAUCUGGGAUAUUGUUUUCCAAUGGGCCGCUGGGGUUCUAGGUAAAGGGGUCGAAGACGUAGAACGAAUGAUAGAAGUCAUGAUUCGCCACAACCCCGAUGACGAAACCAUGCGUCCUGAUGCCUCGACAAUAAAUGGACUUGUCGACCUCGCCAUGUCGUUGAACGACCCCUACCUCGCGGAACGUUACCUCGCACUCGGUACUAAAUUCGGCAUUCGACCCAACGCGCAAACUUAUAUCCUUCAAAUGAAUUACAGGGUCUCUGCUGGCGAUUUAACUGGUGCUCAGGCGGCUUAUACUUCCUUGCAAGCCGAAGAAAUCCUCGACAAUGAAGAUCUCCCGGCGAUCAACAAGUACAUCCGUGCUCUUUGCGCUGCGAAGUCUCCCAACCACUAUCUCAUCACAACACUUAUUACUGAUCUCGAUGAACGGGGUGCCAGAUUAGAAGCUGCAACUGUAUCGGCAUUAUGCAUGACAAAUCUUGCCCGUGGAGAGCUGAACGACGUAGUAGACCUUCUACAGACACAUGCAUUUCACUACACGCUCUCUGAGCGGGCUUUAAUUCGUGAUGAGUUUGUUGCCUACUGUUUGGAUCGCAAGAACACUGCAAGCAAAGCCUGGGAGGCAUACACGAUCUUCCGUACGAUAUUCGAGGAGACGGAUAUAGACAUCAGGACGAAGAUGAUGAAUGAAUUCUUCCAAAGAAGGAGGUCAGACAUGGCCUGUCACGUGUUUGGCCACAUGCGCCAGCAUAUCCGCCCUUCUGCUCGCCCUGUCCUCGAGACUUACAUACAAUGCUUCGAGGGCAUAGCAUCCUGUUCUGAUCGCGAAUCGCUCGAUAUAGUACACAAUAUGCUCAAAAUGGAUUCGAGCAUCGAACCUAACACCCGUCUCUAUAAUUCCCUAAUGCUUGCAUACACAGCCUGCGAUGAUUCGGACAAAGCAUUGCAUUUCUGGGACGACAUCACUUUAAGUAAAGAGGGCCCCACUUAUAACAGUCUUGAGAUUGUGUUCCAUGCGUGUAGGAGGAAACCAUUUGGCGAAAGGAGGGCCAGAGCAGUGUGGGAUAAAAUGCAAAGGAUGGAGAUUGAAGUUACGCCACGAGUUUUUGUGGCAUAUCUAGGUGCGCUUGCGGGUAACAGCCAGGUGAAGGAGGCGAAAGAUCUGGUUGAGAAUGCGGAGAAGCAGUUUGGUUUCACGCCUAAUGUUAAGAUGCUCGGCACUUUCUACAACGCACUCCCGGGACAGAACCAGAAAGACGUUGUUGAAAAAUGGGCGAGAGAGUUAUAUCCUACUGCCUGGGAAGAGUUAGAGAAGUUGGGACAAAUCACUGCCAAGGAAGGGCAUAGAUUGUUCAAAAUGCCGCAAGAAGAAAUCAAAGCCUAA